AUUCAAGAAGAAAUUCUCAAACUGGAGAUGAUAAUAUAAACAAUAAUAAUCAUUUCAAUCAUUCGGGAGAUUCACAAUCCGUUGUACCAUUUUAUCGACAUCCGAAAUUUAUCUCAUUUUUACAAACGUUCACAAUGAAUUUUGUAUUUCCGUUUAUAAACGGGGUCAUGUUAGGAUUUGGUGAAAUUUGUGCAAAUGAACUUGCUUUUAGAAUGGGAUGGUUUGGUGUUAGAAACAUGCCCCCCUUGAUUUCUGGUAGAAGAAAUGCCAUACCGCUUGGACCUAGAGAAAAAUAUGGUACAGGUAUCGGACGUAGCGAACGUAGAACUAAAACAACGAAAACUGUCGAUGGUAAAGAAAUUAUUGAAGAAUCUAGCGAAAUGGUUUAUGCUCAAAUGGCUCCUGCCGGUCCUAUUGUAUAA